CGGGGGUUACUGUAUCACAAAGGACGCCAUGACGCCUACGUGGCUGUUACACCGUUGUCACGGCAAUUCAGUUCGAAUAAUUUUGCGCUAUUGCCAAAUCUAUAUUUUGCAGGUCGUAUGGUAUUUUGAUUAUUUUCGGUUAAUAAUUUUGCAAGGGCGUCGUACUCACGGCGAUGAAAGUGAAAUGGUGAAGGCUACAAUAACUUAGGUUAGGAAAACUGCCAAAACCAAACACGUAGCUUUUCACAACAAAAACUUCUAAUAAUAAAACAUCUGCUCUCAUCGAUUUUUCUUAAAGCUUUUAAACCAGUGUUCUAUUUCCCAAAGGCAAACCAAUGGCGUCGAAAGUUACCUUCAAAAUCACUCUCACCUCCGAUCCGAAGCUGCCCUUCAAAGUAUAGCGACUGCUCACUGAGGGAACCUAUCAUCAUGAGACCAGAACACAAUGAACGAAUCUGGUUCUCCUCAAGUAACGCAAGCCUUAAAGGCCUUUCAAAGGUUCCGGACUUUGUAUCAAGACCCGGCCUGGUGCAAACAGGCUAGCAGUGAGGAUAUAAAAUCGGCCUUCAAAUUGGGACAUUUCGUGGAGAAAAGCGUCGCAACUUUCAAGGAAAAGGGCUUUUUCCAACAGUUUUUGGCCCUUCUUUAUGUUUGUGAUAUUAACCGGGUAUGCAAGAAAGAUUUCUACGAGUUGGCGAGUGAUCAUUUGCUGACCAAGCUCUUCAAGAGUCCUGCAGCGACGGAAACUACUUUGGAUAUAGGAGUGAGGGUUUACACUUCCCUCUACCCGCAUGAGAGGUUUCAGAAGUGUCUCAGAGAAUGCAUUCUGAGUGCCAGUUCCAUGAGAACAAUCGCGGAAUUUGUGAGCGCGUCAGUGCCUGACCCUGACCAUCUCGAGAGUCUUCUGAUAGUGGAACAUUGGGUUCAAAAUAAGAACUUCAAAUCCGAAAUCGAGACUUACCUGUCUUUGUAUAACGUCGAGGAAAAACUCCCGAGGUUGGUCAGCAUUCUGGCGUUAAACACCGAAGUUCUGCAAAGACACAAGUUUGUCUCAGACUGCAUCUUGGAAUGUCUUCUGAAGCAGAUGUGCGACCGCAGCCUCAUGUCCAAGUUCUUCUGGCUCGCCCUCUUUAAGAAAGUGAACUUGCUUCACUUGGGGCAAGCUUGCAUCAAUUUCCCAACUCUGCUGGAAUCCCUGCUGAACUUCAUCGAAUACUUUGGCAGUUUGAUGAUCAAACAGCUCCAGUCCUGGACUACCAGUUCUUCAGUGUCAUACUGCCACGAAAUUUCCUAUAAGGAAUUAGUGACCCUUUUAACAGCCCUUUGUUCCCAUCAGGACUCUAAGCAUCUGAUAUUUGCCAAAUUGGAGCGCGCUCAAGAGUUCUCCAACGCCGACUUGUGGCUUGAGAUCGCUAAAGACAUUUCCCGUGUAGUUUAAGUGUGUAAAUAAGGCCUAACU